UUGCGCCUCAAUAAAACCGUAAGAAUUUUUAAAAAAGCAGUCGAAGACCUUAGUUUCUAAACAUGAGAGAAUCAGCAAAGAUGAAAACCAUCUUACUCGUUUUAGUGUUAUUCUCUGUUUUACUUAUAAGUACUCUUUUGUAUCAGCGUGGUCAGACAUUAAGUAUCUUAAAGGACGUCAACUGUGUACAAGAAAAGGAGAUCACUAGAUUUAAGGAUGCGCCCCCACUCAAUACAUUUGACGAUGCGACUAUUAACCCAUUUAAAACAUGGUGGAAAAACUACAGAAAGUCUGAGAAAUUCGGAGAUGUUUUUAAAUGGAAUCAUUACUUUGAUAUUUAUCAUAGACAUUUUGCAAGAUUCAGGAACAAGGAGAUGACUAUGCUUGAGAUUGGAGUGAGAAACGGUGGCUCUUUGAAGAUGUGGCGAGACUACUUCGGUCCGGGUGCACAAAUCUAUGGCAUGGACAUUAUUGCCAAAUCAAAACGAUUUGAAAAUGAGUUAGAGGGAGUCAAAAUAAUAAUUGGAGACCAGGGAAAUCCAAGGUUUUGGACUGAAGCACUGAAAACAUUGCCAAAAUUCGACAUAGUUAUUGAUGAUGGGGGACACACAAUGAAUCAGUUGAAGGUAACGUUUGAUCAUCUAUAUGACCACGUCAAACUCGAUGGUGGGAUUUAUCUUGCUGAAGACCUCCAUACAGCUUACUGGCCAAAUUAUGGUGGAGGAUUUAAAAGGCCAGAAACUUUUAUAGAAUACACUAAAGGUCUCAUCGACCAGCUGAAUGCAGAUCAUAGCAGAGACAAGAACUUGGUUGUAACUAAUUUUACAAGAUCCACACAGAGUAUACAGGUAUACGACAGUAUAGUUGUGUUUGAGAAGUCACCGCAUCCUAAAUAUCAUACCAUAUUAUCACAGUGAAGUGUGAGUUUAGAAUGGAUUGAGAUCAAUAAUCGAAAAGAAAAAGUUAGUCACGUGAAAAUGCAAUUUUGUUUCAAAAAAAUUAUUAGUGUGCAUAAGUCUAGAAUAAGGUAAUAACUUAUUACCAAAAACAUUUUCACCCUGUGAAAACUAGCCUGACAUUUUUUUCUAAAUGUUUAUCUUUUUUUGUAAGAACAUGCAGUGUAUUACUCAAGUUUUUCAAAUCAAGUACAUCCCUUUGACAAAAUGUUAAAUAUUUAGAGAUAAAAACAGUACCUUUCUUUAAUUAUAAAUUGUUUUCGAAAUGAAG